AUGGAAGACCAGCCCAGCCAAAGCAGGCAUCAACUCGGCCGCAGCGUCUCACAGCCUGAGUCGCGGCCGAGCCCCAGUGUAUAUCACAGUCGUCGAUUUGACGAAUCUUGGGUCGAACUCUCAUCCCAGCCCUCGUCCUCGUCGCUCUCGAGUGUCGACAACGAAAUCGUCACAACCGGCCUCCAGGUCGGCGCCAGCCCUUUCCAGCGACGCAGGCGACUCCAUCCCUCGGCGCGAUCGCUCCCCCCGCAGCAGCAGACUGUCAUUCACGCUACCGGCGCCAGCAGCCAGGACGAGGAGGAUGAAAGCGACAGCGAUGAGGACCAAGUGAUGUCCAGUUCCGCCGAGAAUAUCCACUCGUCUGAAAAGGAACCGUCGGAAGGCUCCGACGACGAGUCCGACGAUGGCGACAAUGCCACCACGCUCGGUCGAAACUCUGAUGCUGCUCCCGUCUUCCGCCCGCAUCCAAACGCGUUUACGCACCCGCCUGCAGGCCUCGCACAACGGAGCUACUCGACGAGCUCGGCCGAGCAGCCGCACCCGCACAGUUCCUUUCGACGCUCCUCGUACCCUCAUCGGUCGCAGGCCCGCGGCCACCGCGGCGCUGCUCCCAACUUCAUGUCGCCCUCUGUCCGCGAGGACAACGACGCCGCGCUGCGGGCGUCUCUCACGACGCUUCUCUCCUGCGCGGCCGCGGCUCGCGGCCUGCCCAAGAACAAAGAAGAGACGGACGCGCAGCGCACGACGCGGACUGGUGUCGCGCCCAGCAACCAACCCAUGGAGCUGCGUUUCAUUCCCGAAUCCGAGCUUGCCGGCGAGGACAAGCAGGCAGAGGAGGCUGAUGGUCCUGCCGCUGCUGCUGCUGCCCGGCGCCGGCGCCCGUCGUCUGGUGCCGUGUCUCCCAAGUCGAAGCGGUCCGAGUCGGCCGGACGGGGCGGGCCGAGGGCGGCGAAGAAGAAGCGAACGUCUGCCGUCAGCGCUGAAGACGCGCUGCUGUCCCCCACGGUGCUCAGCUGGGUCGUCAGCGCCGGCGUCGUCGUUCUCGUGUCCGUGGUUGGGUUCGGCGCCGGCUACGUCAUUGGUCGAGAGGUCGGCCGCGAGGAGGCGCGUGAGGUCCUGGCCGCCAGCGUCAGCGGUGUCAACGACACUGCUUCCGCGGGCAGCGACGUCAUUCGCUCCUCGGUGGGACUGCGCAAGCUGCGCUGGAGCGCGGUGGGCAGGAGCAUCGUCGCCCAGGCAUAG